AGCAGCAAGCCAGACAGAAGACAGGAGCAGCAAGAAACCGGUGGAGUGAGAGACAGCAGCGGGUCAACCCGUAACACGCUGACAAAAACCCGAACAAAUAAACCAGACUACAAGACCAAGCCCCUGUAAAGAUGUCUGCACCCAAGGGAGUGUCUAUUGGCAUUGAUCUUGGCACCACCUACUCCUGCGUGGGGGUGUUCCAGCAUGGCAAAGUGGAGAUCAUCGCCAAUGACCAGGGCAACAGGACCACCCCCAGCUACGUGGCCUUCACGGACACAGAGAGGCUCAUUGGAGAUGCUGCCAAGAACCAGGUGGCCAUGAACCCCAGCAACACUGUUUUCGACGCCAAGCGACUGAUCGGAAGGAAAUACGAAGACUCUGUUGUACAGGCUGAUAUGAAGCACUGGCCGUUCAUGGUGGUGAGUGAAGGAGGGAAACCCAAGGUAAAAGUGGAAUACAAAGGAGAGAACAAGACCUUCAAUCCAGAGGAGAUCUCCUCCAUGGUGCUGAUCAAGAUGAAAGAGAUUGCCGAGGCCUACCUGGGCCAGAAAGUAUCCAACGCCGUCAUCACUGUUCCCGCUUACUUCAACGACUCCCAGCGCCAGGCUACCAAGGAUGCUGGCGUGAUCGCAGGACUGAACGUGCUGAGAAUUAUCAAUGAGCCCACAGCAGCUGCCAUCGCUUACGGGCUGGACAAGGGUAGCAGAGGAGAGCGCAACGUCCUGAUCUUUGACCUGGGCGGCGGCACCUUUGACGUGUCCAUCCUGACCAUCGAGGACGGGAUCUUUGAGGUGAAGGCCACAGCAGGGGACACCCACCUGGGCGGGGAGGACUUUGACAACCGCAUGGUCAACCACUUCAUUGAGGAGUUCAAGAGGAAAUACAAGAAGGACCUCAGCCAGAACAAGAGGGCGGUCAGGAGGCUGAGGACAGCGUGUGAGAGAGCCAAGAGAACCCUGUCCUCCAGCACUCAGGCCAGCAUUGAGAUUGACUCUCUAUAUGAAGGCAUUGACUUCUACAGCUCCAUCACGAGGGCUCGCUUUGAGGAGAUGAACUCUGACCUUUUCAGAGGGACGCUGGAGCCCGUGGAGAAGGCACUAAGGGAUGCCAAGAUGGACAAGUCUAAGAUCCAAGACAUAGUUCUGGUGGGAGGCUCCACUCGCAUCCCCAAGAUCCAGAAACUCCUCCAGGACUUCUUCAACGGCAGGGAGCUGAACAAGAGCAUCAACCCUGAUGAAGCGGUGGCCUACGGUGCCGCUGUGCAGGCAGCCAUCUUGAUGGGCGACACUUCUGAAAACGUGCAGGACUUGUUGCUGCUAGACGUGGCCCCGCUGUCUUUGGGAAUCGAGACUGCAGGAGGAGUUAUGACCGCCUUGAUCAAGCGCAACACCACCAUCCCCACCAAGCAAACCCAGACCUUCACCACCUACUCGGACAACCAGCCAGGCGUUCUCAUCCAGGUGUAUGAGGGAGAGAGGGCCAUGACGAAGGACAACAACCUUUUGGGCAAGUUUGAGCUGUCGGGCAUCCCCCCUGCCCCGCGAGGUGUGCCACAGAUUGAGGUGACCUUUGACAUCGACGCCAACGGCAUCCUGAACGUGUCUGCAGUGGACAAGAGCACCGGCAAAGAGAACAAGAUCACCAUCACCAACGACAAGGGCCGGCUGAGCAAAGAGGAGAUCGAGAGGAUGGUGCAAGACGCAGACAAGUACAGAGCCCAGGACGAGGCCCAGAGGGAGAAGAUAGCGGCCAAGAAUUCCCUGGAGUCCUAUGCCUUCAACAUGAAGAGCAGCGUGGAGGAGGAGAACAUGAAAGCCAAGAUCAGCGAGGAUGACAAGAAGCAGAUCAUUGACAAGUGCAACCAGGCCAUCUCCUGGCUGGACAAAAAUCAGAUGGCAGACAAGGAGGAGUAUGAGCACCAGCUGAAAGAGCUAGAGAAAGUGUGUAACCCCAUCAUCAGCAAGCUGUACCAGGGAGGGAUGCCAGGAGGGAUGCCAGGAGGAAGCUGUGGGUCCCAGGCACAGUCAGGAUCUGCCUCCCAGGGGCCCACCAUUGAAGAGGUGGAUUAAGAGGACAGAAUCUGGCCAUAAAAGACCUUGAACUGAAUGCAAAUAAAAUGGCAAACAUUAAGCACUAUUGAAUAUAAAUACUGUUUCCUAAAGAUAUAUUGUGUCAUGCUAUAGGUUUAGACUUGUAAUGAAUGUAAAAGAAAUAAAAUUCUGUGAUACUGCCAA